AUGCAAGCAUACGACUCGGACUUGAUCCGCUGCCGAUUCAGCGUCACACCAGGUGUCCAGAUACCAGCACGAUUACUCCUUGCCGGCAACGGCCUCUACACCGGCCGGCCAAGAAGCACAGCCGCCGGGGAGUCCAACGACGAUGCCCUCCUCUUCCUGGCCGUCUCGGCAGGCUGGCUCGUCUGGCUGUUCACCUUCCUCGGGGAGCACGUCGCCUCUGCCAUCCUCAGCCUCUUCUUCCCCUUCGCCGCUCUAGUCGGCGCGCUGCGCGCCCUUGCUGCGGUGGUCGCCUCUAACCUCCGGCGCGCGGCCUUUGGGCUGCUCGCCACGGCGUGCGCCUUUGCUGUCCUUGUCUCUGAGUUAUUCGUGUCCGUGCUACUCGGCUUUGUUCUUGUCCGGCACUGGGUUGAGGAGCCGGUGACCGUGCGUCAGCCGCUCUACUUCGUCUACACCGAGGCGCAGCCUAGCGCCGCGGUGGUCCUUGGUAGUGCGCGAGGCGCCGCCAUGGCGCUGCCAGCAGGGCACUCGGUGAGGGUGUCAAUGGCGUUGCUGCUGCCUGAUUCCUACCACAAUCGUGAGGUUGACAUGUUCCAGGUAUAUGUAAAUGCUUAUUACUUAAUUUCGGAUCCAAAAUUCUUGGAGCUAAGCAAUUCGUUUGCUGAUUUGCAUCUCAUGAUAAACUUGUUUUCGGUAUAUUAAAGCGGAGGCGAUCUCUGUAAGUGGAAUCACCAUGGCAUCUGCUACACAGCCAUAUAUGCUUAGGUACAAGAGCACCCCAGUCCGGCUGGCGCAAUCUGCCCUGAUGUCACCGAGAGGCGAGAGCCAGACUGCAACACUCGAGGUGCUGCGCUAAAGGGAAGGCCAUGGCCGCCAUAAGAUAACAGGGCUCAUCAGAGUUUUGCUGCAGCCAAGA